AUGUUCUCUCUCGUUCAGCUCUUUACCUUCGGUCUGGCCGCCUUGACCGCCCGCAAUGGGUUCCAGGUCUCGACCACCAGCAAUGUUGGAGUCUCUCGGGUUGCGGGCUCGGCCUUGAUGGCUUUCGCUAUCCCAGCAUUGGCAAUGCCACUUGAAAACACUCAGCUCGUUGCUAGGAAUGGCACGGAGGCUGCUGGAGGCGAGGAUUGCAAUGACGAUUCUGAGGAUGAUCAGGAAGACGAUAAGGAUGACGACGAGGCCGAUUCGGAAGAUGAUAAGGAGGAUCAGGAAGACGAUAAGGAUGACGACGAGGCCGAUUCGGAAGAUGAUAAGGACGAUCAGGAAGAUGACGAAGGCGAUGAGGAGCACGAUUCGGAAGACAACGAGAAGCCUUGA